UAACAGAUGCUAAUUAAUUUUUUUCUGGGACGACUUGUAUCUACUUUCAUUUUGGCUCGCGAUUAUGAGGGAUAAAAACCGCAGUCAUCCACAAUGGAAGUACCUUGAGAUGUCAACUCCGCCGCCCUCCUCGCCAUGAAGCUUUCUAAAACGUCAGUGGGCCUUUUGGCUUCCGCCGGAACAGUUCUUGGGCAAAAUACCAAACGCUAUUGCGACACAGUUACCGGAUUGUGCUUUUCAGGAUGGACUGGAGGCAAUGGUGUUACAAUUGGUGUAGCUCUUCCUAAUGCUACUGUUGCACCGUUUGACACGGUGCUUCAGAUGGUAUCUCCGAUUGCAAAUGGCUGGGUUGGAUUUGCGUGGGGUGGUACCAUGCCUUAUGUACCGCUCACUAUCGGAUGGGUGAACAAUGCCUCGAAUACCGCGAUCUACUCAUCACGAAUGGCAUAUGGAUUAAGCUUACCUCAACCCUUCGACGGAGCUGAAUACUCUUACCUGAAGGGAACAGGAUACAACGCCACACAUUGGACAUUGACCGUCCGCUGUCGAGGCUGCAGUCAAUGGAAUGAUGUUGAUGGAAAACUCGCAUCUAUCGAUCCACUGGGCACUGCUGUCAAGUUUGCACACGGUUACACGAGUAGGCUUCCAAAAGAGCCCGCAAAUAACCGAUCUACCUUCAACGUGCACUCAUCCUUCGGCCAUUGGUUCUUGGAUUUGAACCAGGGACAAAAUGCAAACUUCGACAAGCUCGUUGCUGACAAUUUGGUGCCGAAUAAACCCCCAACACCUUCAAGCGCCCCGCCCUCAAGUUCAACACGCCUUCCGACCAGCACACUGAGCACCAUCAUCGUUCCUAGCUCCACGGGCUCUCCUGCACCCGUCUCGACAAGUGUACCUGCAUCGUGCGCCGGCAUCUCCAAAUUGCACUUCCCCUACAAGAUAGCUAGCGGAUGGAAAGCCGUAAAGGUUGCAGGCGACCUGACACAGCCUAGGGGCUUGAUCUUUGAUAACGCGGGUCAUCUCCUAUUGGUACAGAAUGGGCUUGGUAUUACUGUUCAUACCAUCGGUCCAGACGGCUGUCUAUCAAAUCAGAAAACCCUCAUCGCACAGCGAAACAUCAAUCACGGCAUCGCACUCAGUCCUGAUGGAAAAACUUUGUAUGCUAGCUCCGCUACGUCGGUGUUUGCAUGGGACUACGACUCUGCGACACAAACUGUUAGCAGUACUUCUAGGACCAUCAUUACGGACAUGGAUGCUCGAGGGCACGUCACACGUACGCUUGCCAUCCCGCCCAAACACCCUGAUGUUCUCGUUGUCUCGCAUGGUUCGAACGAUAACUUCGACUAUGAAUCUGGCAAUAUCAAGACCGGAAGAUCGUGUGUCAAGGGAUUUAACAGAAACAAGGUCCCCACAGACGGCUACAAAUAUGCAUCUGAAGGCUGGAACCUUGGGUACGGACUUCGCAAUGGCGUUGGUCUUGCGUUCGAUGGCGAGGGAAUGUUGUGGGAGGUAGAGAACGCAUCGGACGAGAUCCACCGUACUGUUGGCGGCACCGCUAUCGACAUCCACAUCGACAACCCAGCCGACGAGAUCAACUUCAUUGGCGACCCGUCCAAGGAGAACACUCAAUGGUAUGGCUACCCAACGUGCUACACGGUCUGGGAUCCGAGCGUCAUCACAGACAAGAAAUUCCAACGAGGCGACCAAUUCGUCCUCACGCCCAACGAGACUUUCUCAGACAACACCUGCACGCAACAAAGCGAGGGUGCAAGAUUAGCCUUGCAGGCGCACUCUGCACCGCUCGAUGCGGUCUUCGACAAGAACUACACUAGUCUGUACGUCACAUUCCACGGCAGCUGGAACCGUGCUCCAUCGACAGGAUACAAGGUCGUCGAAGUCCCAUACGCUCCAGGGGUGGAUGGAUUCGGUCCCAAGGCGCAGUUGAAUGGCAGCGCUGGGUAUACUGAGAUCUUCUCCUCGCCUGACGAGGAGCAUUGUUCGACGACGCAGUGUUUCCGGCCGGUGUCGAUAGCGAAGGAUAAGUAUGAGCGCAUGUACAUCACGAGCGACAGUGGCGCGGAAGGAGAGUUGAUUAUACUAGGACGUAGCUAGAUAGCUCGGUACUUUGAGUGACGACAGCACAAAUGCGCCACUCUUGAUUGUGGGGAAGUAGACAUGGAGGCGGAGGAAGCUAACAACGAGAAUGGUAUGAUAGACGCAUUUCUUGGGUUUUCGGACAGGGUUG